AUGGCCCUGCCCCCAGGCAUCCCCUUUCUCGUCCGUCUCCUCGUCGCCACCUUCAUCCCUCUCCUCCUCGUCCUCGCAUGCGCCCGCCACUUCGCUCUCCCCACCUGGCUCACUGUGCUCGCUGUGCUCCUCGGCAUCCCUGCACUACCUGUGCUCUCGCACCUCCUCAGCAGGUGGCGGGUCGCCCGCGCAGCUGUACGGCACGGCGCGACGUUCCCCCCACUCUGGCAUGGCUCUAUCGGAGGACUCGACAUCAUUCGCGCGAUGCUCGACUCGUUCCUCCACGGUUACCUCGGUGACUGCUUCUGGGACAAGGCCGUCGAGCUGGGGCCGACGUACGAGUUCUGGCCGCUCUGGGUGCGUGGCUACUUCACCGCGGAUCCGAACGCCAUCAAGUGCAUACUUUCGACGGACUUCACGAGCUAUGUCAAGGGCCCGAAUUUUCACCGGCUGAUGCAGUCUGUCCUCGGCGAUGGCGUCUUCAACUCCGAUGGGGACUUGUGGAAAUUCCACCGCUCGAUGACGCGGCCGUUCUUCAGCAAGGACAGGAUCGGCCACUUCGAAUUAUUCGACAAGCACGCUGAAAUAGCGAUCUCGAAAAUGAAGGAGCGUGUCCUUGCAGGUUAUGCCGUCGAUUUUCAGGACGUCAUCAGCUGCUUCACGCUAGAUGCCGGGACCGAGUUCCUCUUCGGCGCCUCCGUCGAUAGCCUCCGCCCGCCGCUUCCCUAUGCCCACAAUGCCCGUCCACUCACGCCGGUCUCCCCGGUAGCGUCGGCCGCGACGGCGGAGUCGUUCGCUAGCGCUUUCGCGGGCGCGCAGCACGUGAUCGCGUCGCGCACGCGCAUUGGGUGGGUCUGGCCCCUCCUCGAGAUUACCGGGGAGCGCACGGUGCCGCACAUGCGCGUCGUCGACGCCUUUCUGGGUCCCAUCCUCGCGGAGGCGCUCAGGAAGAAGGAGCAGCGCGCUCGGGAGGGCAAGCAACUUGACACCGACGAGGGGGAGGGGACGCUGCUGGACCAUCUCGUGCAGUUCACCGACGAUCCUGUUGUGCUUCAUGACGAGGUGCUCAAUAUCCUGAUUGCCGGACGAGAUACGACCGCAUCCACCCUGACGACUCUUGUAUACUUCCUCAGUAUGCACCCCGCCGUGUUACAGCGGCUGCGUGCGGAGAUCCUUCAGCAUGUUGGGCCCCGCCGUCGUCCGACUUAUGACGACAUCCGCGAGAUGAAAUAUCUUCGCGCUGUUCUGAAUGAGACGAUGAGGCUGUAUCCCGCUGUGCCGUUGAACCUCCGCAAUUCUGUACGCGACACCACGAUCCCAAACCCCGAUCCCAAUGGCAAGCCGAUUUUCGUACCGGCCGGCACACCGGUCACGUACUCGGUCUUGGUGAUGCACCGCAUGCCGGAGUACUGGGGACCCGACUCGAUGGAGUUCGAUCCUGAUCGCUUUCUGGACGAGCGCGUCGCGCGCUACCUCACCCCGAAUCCGUUCAUUUUCCUCCCGUUCAACGCUGGUCCGCGAAUUUGUCUUGGGCAGCAGUAUGCGUACAAUGAGAUGUCGUUCUUCGUGAUCCGACUGCUCCAGCGCUUCUCAGCGCUCGCGUUUGCGCCCGACGCGCAUCCGCCCGGGUCGCUGCCCCCGAAGGAGUGGGCGGGCUUCCCGGGGCGCAAGGGCGUAGAGCGGUUCUGGCCGAAGGUGCACUUGACGACGUAUUCGCAUGGCGGACUGUGGGUCCGGAUGACGCCGGCGGAGUAUGAUGAUGGCGCGCACAAGGUUGAUGUCGUUAGCGUCUGA